UUGUAUACAUUAAAAAAGUAUCGCAUAUACCUUUUAAAACGGAAUGAUGAUAUUUCAUUGAGUGCGAAAUACUUCAAUGAGCAAUUAUUUAAAUAUUGCAUUUCACUAUUAGUUUUAUGUAUUUCAGACGAGUGUAAAACGGAAUAAUGUCGGCAAAGAGAGAUCCAAGCUGGUAUAUACAGAGUAAAGAAAACGCUUUUCAGAUACCCGACCUGAAGACUGCGUUUGACGUCUUUAAGCUCAUCGACUUCAAUGCGAAGGGCAUGGGUAUCAAAACGAAGGACGACGCCGUAAGAGUCAUCAUUGAGAAGCUUGACAAAGGGGUCGAUCCGGAAAAGAAACAACCGAGCAAGGGCUUGAAGAAGGCUAUAGAGGACGAUCAGAAACACAAGGCGAAGUUAGUGGACAAGUACGAGAGAUCGCAAAAGCUGUACAACGAGCUGCCCUCAAAUUACAAGCGGGAUCUGAGACAAGUUUUCCCAGGCAUAGAAGAGGCGUUCGAAACCAGAAAAGCUGAAAUCAAAAAGAGCGAGUGCACUAUACUCAUCGUAGGCGAGACAGCGGCCGGAAAGAGCUCCCUGAUCAACCUGCUACUUGGGGAAUCAUUGUUGCCAUCCAGCCAACUCGGCUGCACAUCCACCAUUGUCGAGAUUCGCUCCUCCAGGGAACCAAACCGGAGAACAGCGACUGGCUUCUUCCGGUCGUAUACUGAACAAGGUCAGCCUAAAAAAGCGCCACCGCCGGUCAUGUUUGACCUGACCUCACAGGUAGGCGGCGAUCAAUUUCGGCGCGCAGUGGCGGAGACGGACGAAGACGGCCUCUCCCCUUACGACAGGAUCGAGGUCACAUGGCCGUUUGCCAUGCUGGAGGAGGGUAUAGUGAUCGUGGAUACACCGGGCAUAGGGGGCGGGUCCAAGGUCGGCAAGCACGUUGAACGUUACCUCAGCAAAUCCUACGGGUUCAUUUACGUGGUCAACAGCGCAAACGCGGGAGGCGUCCAGAAAGGCAGGCUGCAAACAUUUAUGCGGAUGGUGGUUAACGCGGCGGGCGCCGAGGGAUACAAUUCUGAGUCUACUAUGGUGGUGUGUAACCGAUGGGACAUGGUUCCCGGCAGCGACAGAGAAGCAGUGAAGCAGGAUACGUUCGAGAAGCUGUCGAGAUUCUUCACUGAUCUUAAGCAGUCUCAGAUUCACUACAUGUCCAUAAUGGAAGCAAUGAAAGCGGUAUCAAUGAAGACGAACUACGCAGAUCUAGACCGGCUACAAACUAUGGUGGAGCGCCUUUUACCGGACAGUCUGCGAUCACGGCUCAACGCCCAUUACAGAUGGCUGAGUGCAGUCCUUAAGCGGAUAAUUUAUACGCUGAAGGUUUCUAAAGUGAUGGCAGCAAAGUCAGUGGAGACCAUUAAGGACGAAUUACAUCAAGUCAAAGUUCAAAUAGAGAAACUUGAGCAAAACGCCAAGGACAGUAUCAACUACCUGAAAUCCGGCAUUAACGCGGAGUCAGACUUGGUAUCACAGAAAGUAGUCCAGUUCUUGCAGUCACGUGACCUGGCUGCGCGCCUGUUUUCAUGGCGAGCAGACGAACUUCCUAAUGACGACAAGAAAAAGGUGGCGGGCGACGCUAUGGACAGGAUCGCCAACAAGCUGGCGCACGAGAUCGGCGCGUGGGAGCGGGAACACAACCUCGUGACGGGCAUCAAAGACAAGAUCAUACGGGUGUGUAAACGAGACUUCGAACUCAUGGAGGAACAGAUAGCUAAAAUUGAAGGGGCAUUGCUGGGAGGUGACGGCAAAAUUGUACGUGACCUUCACCAGUCCGUCAAAGGCCCAUCCCCUAUAAAGCAGUCGUGGCUCAAGUCUAAGGGCAAGGGAUCGGAGGAUGACGUUAGCACGUACAAGGGGCUGGGUGGAAUGGUGGCAGGUGUGGGGUCCCUGAAAUCAGGGGACAAAGCUUUUAAGAAGAUUUUCGCAGAUUACAAACUGAAAUACACGGACAAAUGUAUAGCGAUUAUGCAAUCGGCUACAAAAGCAUUCCUUGAGAGUAUUUUGCAAAGCAAGUCGUUACAAGAAAAGAUGCUCAAAUUUUUCAGUAGGUUUGUCAAAGAUAUCGACGCCGUAGCGAAAAUGAUUCCAGACUUUCUGAAAGCCGAUCUAGAACUGAUGCAAGAUUUACAAAAAGAAAUGGCCGACAAGCAGGUCCAUCUGCGAGAAAUGUUCCCGAAGCUCUUAAACGAUAGCCACACGCUUCUAGGUCAGUGCGACAUCUUCUAUGUGAAUCACAUCAUGCAAUUCGACUACGAUCUAUCGGAUCUUAUUUGGGAUCGUCAGACCCGGCCGGUGGGUUCCGGAAGCUUUGCGGACGUCUAUAUCGCCAGCUGCCGUUCUGAGCGCCACGGGGUGUUUCCGGUAGCACUGAAGGUGUGCCGGGACCCUCUCAAGGAGUCAACUGUCAGCGACAUCCUGUUGGAAGACAGGACAAUGAGGGAGCUGGACCAUCCCAAUAUCGUGCGUUACUACGGAGCCACGUAUACAUUCCGCCACGCGCAGCAGAAACGUGACAUGCAGUGGAUCAUGAUCAUGGAGGUCUGCAAUUACACGCUCAAGGAUAAGUUCAUCAGCCCGGAAGUGAGCAAUCCCGGAAAGCUGGCGCUGGGUUCCACUGCGCAGCUGGAUGCAAUGGUGGUUAUGGCAGACUUCGCGUUGCAGCUUGGAAAAGGGGUGUUCUACCUGCACCAGAAAGGCUUCGUACACAGGGAUCUGAAACUGGAGAAUAUCCUGGUCACAGAAAACAACAUUGUGAAGCUAACAGACGUCGGGUUGACAAAGCAGACGUCAGACAUCGCUCAGAGUAUCGUCGGUAGCCCCGUUUAUAUGGCACCGGAAGUCCUAACGCAGGAGCAAAAUUACGACCACAAGGCGGAUGUUUACAGCAUCGCCAUUAUGCUCUGGGAGAUGUGGUACGGUCGCGACGCCGCGGACUAUAUUCAGCAGCAGUUAUUCGGUCCGCUGGAAAAGGCCAUCAAAGACGGGCUCCGGCCAUCGCUCAAGAUGACAACAAAGCCCCCCGAGCCAUGGUACGAGCUCAUUGAGCGGUCGUGGGCGUAUAAGCCCGAAGAUCGACCCAGUGUCGACACCCAUUGUAAAUUCUUUGAAGGAUUCAUACGCGACGCCAGGCGAAUGUAGUGCGGUUCUGUAUUGUUAUUAUUGUUAAGCGGGAAAAAUUUCAAACAAAGACAAUUUAUAAAGACAAUUCAUUAUUUCAAAGUCGCAUGGUUUUAGAUAAGAUGACUGGAAAUACAAGUACCUGGCAAUUUGCAUGUCCGUAUUGUCUUCAAACUUGAAAGAAACACGUAUACAAUUUAAUUGAUGAACUCUUUGUAUGUGCCCGUCGAGUGUUGAAAUGUAUUGUUUGUAUCUGUAUGAAAUUGAGGGGUGUGUAAUUUACGCAAGUCACUUUUAUUUUUUACAUUACUUUUUGCGUACACCCGCACGCGUAAAUCAUGCGUAUUUACUUUAUAGAAUGUACUGUUUAAAUGUAUAAUAUAUUUGAUUAUUGAUAACAUACGGGCGCAUUUAUACUGGAACAAUCGAAUGUGAGUUUGAGGAAAAUUGCAUAUUAGUUCCCUCGCAUACCACUACGCAAACGUUUAUUUUCAUUAAUAAUUAUCACUUUGUAAAUUAAAUACACUUGUCUCACGGAUUGUAACGGGGUAUCAAAACGCUUACAGACUUCAAAGCUGUUGGCGAGUAAUAAUGAUAAGAAAGACUAAAUAAAUGUUCUAAGACUAAAUAAAAGUUCGUCAUUUCGAACGUUGUUCAUAAAUGUUGUUUUGUUUAAUCCACCGUAAGAAUCUGCGCUCGUUUUGAGAUUUUCAGGUAGUAACGGUGUCACUAAAAUAUAUCAUCAAACAUGACCAAAUGUGCAUGAAGUUCCUUUUCCCGCCGACGUUUUUACAAAAAUGAAUGCACAUACUUUUAGUGAAAGUGACAUCUUUGUAUUGUGCUUGUCUUGUUUAUGACCGUUCAAUAUACCGUUAAAUAUUAUCGCUCCAUCAACAUAUGCUGAUUUGAACCAUACUUUUAGCUAUGAUGAAAUUGAUGUGAACUAUACCUAUGCUGAAAUAAAACUAUACACCGAUA